AUGAUCGAGGAAAAGGAAGGGAUGUAUGUUUCGGCCUCUAGUGACAUAACUAACGAAAUUAGCCAGGCUAUCCUAUCGAACAUCCUUCUCACAAUGGACCCAGCCUGUGUUGCCCAACAGGCUCAGCCUUCAUUCUACUACUACAACCCAGAGCCAGAGUCACGCCACGGCCAGCAUGCCUUCUUCACUCCUCAUCCAAACGAGUAUGCUCAGAACCAGAUGAUGAUGGUGCAGCCUCAGAUGCCACAGCAGUUCACUCAGAUGCAACCGCAGAUGCAUCUUCAUCCGUCCGACCAGCACAACGGUGCUCAGUUCAGAACACUCGGUGCGAAGGAUUAUCUAUCAACUCCCAAUGCCGCAAACAGUCCAUCGCCCUCUCCACAACCGAUGCACAUCAAGCCUAGCGUUUUCCUACACGGUUCGCCCACACUCCUGUCCUUGGACACAAACUGUGGUUGGGCCGAUGCCAACGGAUUUCCAUCCACUCCUCCACUGUCAACCUCUGGUAGCAGCAUCAGCAGCCCCCCAUCAAGCUGUGGAAUGACUAACACCCCCGUUGGCGGUGACUCUUUCCGCAUGGAAGGCAUUGAAGGCGUCAAAGAGGGCUGCGAGACAGACGUUGAACUCGAGCUCCUAGCGAACUCUCAUUGGCACAGAUCUGCUUCCCCUGAGAUGACACCUUUGUAUGUUUGUCCGUUUUCGGUGCAUUCCAAUGCCAGUUUACCGUCUGCCGAGGCCAGCCACCAUAACGCCAAUAGCAGCACUGAGAGAGGCUCUUCGCUUACGUCAUCAUCCUCGCGCUCGUCUUCUCGCUCUCCCAUCAUGACUUCUUCUUCCUCCUCCUCGUCGCUUCUCCACCACGAAACACCCACGACCUCGUUCUCUGCGCAGCAGCCCUCCAGCACCGAUUUCUGCGACCCACGCCAGCUUACCGUCGAUUGCCCAGUGCUUUCGCUACCCGUUCCUGACUACCCGCCACUUCCGCCACUCUCGACCGUGGAUGAGGACAGGUCGCGGUCCACCCUUCUCGGCGGCUCGCUGAAACCAGAGCAGAGCCUCACUGUUCCUGGGCUCAGUCACGACGAUUCUCUUGAGAGCUUGUCGACCUUUGAUGCCAUCUCUGAUCUUGACUCUGAAGACGAGUUCGUCAACGGUAUAGUUAAUUUCACGCCGACCGAGAACGGUUUUUUGCUUGGCGAAAAACGUCGACGCACGGUCAGCAACGCCAACAACGGCACCGCGACAACUGUAUCCCAUGAAGACGACAUUAUAAGCGAACAGGGCUUGGAUGAUUUAGAGGAAAGUGACUUGUUUGCCCGCUCUUGUAUUCCACUUCCAGAGUUCGACACUGCUGAGCAGUGCAACAUUGCCGAAGAUAUGAGAACGAAAAAGCGAGUAUCAGCUGUUGGCCGGCGAAUCAAGCAACUUCCCCUUGGGUCCGAGGAGAGUGAUGCGGACAGCCUUGGUGCCAUCAUGCGAACUGCUCAGAGUAAUGUGAACAACCGCGCCUCGCAUACUGACUCAUCUUCCACACAAGCACAGCAGCAAUCUGGAGCACCUAGCCAUGAAAGCUCAGAGACCAACCCACAAAGCACCACGUCCUCAGAGACUCCGGCUCCCACGCCAAUGGUCCCUGUUGGCCGCCGUGGUCGCAAACAGUCCCUGACCGAGGACCCCUCCAAGACUUUUGUUUGCACCCUCUGCUCUCGUCGAUUCCGUCGUCAGGAGCACCUCAAACGUCAUUACCGUUCCCUGCACACCGAAGACAAGCCAUUUGAGUGUCAGGACUGUGGCAAGAAAUUCUCACGCAGUGACAACCUUGCUCAACACACUCGCACCCACGGUGGCUCUGGAAUGCCCAUGACCAUGUCUGACCAUCACCCUGAAUCAUCCCCUUUUGAUGACCAAGAUGCAGGAGCCCUCGGAGCCGUACUUUAUGAAGUUGCCCAGGCUGCUGCUAACAAGUCGACAACCAGUGAAUCGUCGGAUAGCGGCCUCUCCACUCGAGACAACCAGUCUGCGCCUUUCACAAACCGGAAGCGUCCACUCAAGAAGCGCAAGCGUGAAGCAUCUGAGUAA